CCGUCUGGUCCCCCAUCAAUCAUCAAUCAGCACCGAGUGGAUCAAUCAAUGGUCGGGAGGAGGCGGCGGCGGCGGCUGCUGCUGUUAAUGAACAAUGUGUGAGAGCUGCGCCGAGCUGCUGGAGGUGUUAAAUGAGAUAUCUGACAUCGAAAGUGGUGAUGGAUUGCAGCUCCGAAAGGAACAUGCACUCAAGAUAUUUGCUUAUAUCAACUCCUGGACGCAAAGACAAUGUCUGUGCUGCUUCAAGGAGUAUAAGCAUUUGGAGAUCUUUAACCAAGUAGUAUGUGCGCUUAUUAACUUAGUGAUUGCCCAAGUUCAAGCUCUACGGGACCAGCUCUGUAAACAUUGCACUAUUAAUAUAGAUUCAACAUGGCAAGAUCAGAAUAAUCAAGCCAAUGAGCCACUGAAUGUAGAAAGAGAGUCUCAUGAAGAUGAAAAUGGAGAACGACAAAAAUGCAUAGAGAAGAAGUUAGACUCCGCAAGAACGUGUAUCCUGACAGAGGAAGAAUCUGCAAAGAGCACUGAUGCUUUUAGCUUAUGGAGCACCGAUGAGAAGGAAAAACUGUUGCUGUGUGUGGCAAAAAUCUUUCAGAUUCAGUUUCCUCUGUAUACUGCUUACAAGCAUAAUACUCAUCCCACAAUAGAGGAUAUUUCUGCCCAAGAAAGCAAUAUAUUAGGCGCGUUCUGUGAUAUGAAUGAUGUAGAAGUACCAUUGCACUUGCUUCGUUAUGUUUGUCUGUUUUGUGGAAAAAAUGGCCUUUCCCUCAUGAAGGAUUGUUUUGAACAUGGAACCCCUGAUACAUUGCCAUUUCUUAUAGCACAUGCAUUUAUCACAGUGGUAUCUAAUAUCAGGAUAUGGCUGCACAUCCCUGCUGUCAUGCAGCACAUUAUACCAUUUAGGACCUAUGUUAUCAGGUAUUUAUGUAAACUGUCAGACCAAGAGUUGCGACAGAGUGCAGCCCGGAACAUGGCAGAUUUAAUGUGGAGUACAGUUAAAGAGCCAUUGGAUACAGCCUUGUGUUUUGAUAAAGAAAGUCUUGAUCUUGCGUUUAAGUACUUUAUGUCUCCAACUUUAACAAUGAGGUUGGCUGGACUGAGUCAAAUAACAAAUCAACUUCACACUUUCAAUGAUGUGUGUAAUAAUGAAUCAUUGGUUUCAGACACAGAAACGUAAGUAGGAACAUUAUUUUGAGUACUUAUACUUAAG